AUUGUGAAUCAUGCAUAUAUUUAAAAAGACAAAAGGAAAGCUAUAAACAAUUGUCUCUCCAAGUAGUGUAAGAAAUCAAGAAAUCAAGAAACCAAGAAUGGGUAUAAUGAAUCAAAGGAAUUCAUCACACUCUUCUUCUCGUUCCCACAAAUUCCUACCUUACUUAGCUUUUAUACUCUUUUCCGCCAUCUUUGUUUUCAAGGUGGAUAUCAUUAUAUCGCAAACGAUCUCCGGUGCUCCAAGUUAUAAUAAUUACCUGGACAGCCUAACAAGCCCGAACUUGAGGUUCGGAAAUGGUACGUUUUACCGGCACUUCAUUGCGUCGUGGGGUGAGAACAAAAUCAAUAGGGUCGAUAACGGCGAAAUGCUUACCCUUACACUCGACAAAUUGUCCGGCGGCGGUUUUGAGUCCAAGAAAGUGUACUUAUUCGUAAGAAUCGACAUGCAAAUCAAACUCGUCCCUGGAAAUUCUGCGGGCACUGUCACAACAUAUUAUCUGGCAUCAGAUGGUGACCACCAUGAUGAAGUAGAUUUUGAGUUCUUGGGGAACACAAGUGGUGAUCCAUACACUGUACAUACAAAUGUGUUCAGCCAAGGCAAAGGUGAUAGAGAGCAACAAUUCUAUCUUUGGUUUGACCCAACACAAGAUUUCCACACCUAUUCCAUUCUUUGGAAUCCCAAGUCCAUUAUUUUCUACGUGGACAACAUACCAAUAAGAGAAUUCAGGAACGCAGAGCAUUUAGGUGUUCCAUACCCUAACGAGCAGCCCAUGAGAAUAUAUUCGAGCCUGUGGAACGCCGACGAGUGGGCCACACAGGGCGGCCGUGUCAAGACCAAUUGGGAUCUAGCCCCAUUCGUCGCUUCGUACCGAAACUUCUCAUCCGACGGCUGCGUUUAUUCCUUCAGAACAAGAACUUCUUCCUGCGAUGCAGCUGAUUACUCCACCAAACCUUUCCUGAAAAUGGAGUUGGAUGAGAGAAGCAGGGAGAAUAUGAAGAGGCUGCAGAGGGAGAGAAUGGUGUAUGAUUAUUGCACCGAUGUUCGAAGGUUCCCUCAGGGUCCUGCCCCUGAAUGCACAAUUAAUUAAUAAAUAAAUAAAUUAAUUAAUUAAUUAAUUAAAUAGAUUAAAUAUAAUAUAUUUUUUUUACAUUUUUAUUGUGUUGGAUUUUUGUAUGCUGAGUUUGAAUUUGGUGGGAAAAUAUGAGAUCAAGACUGAGUGAAUUAGAUCAGGCUUGAAAUGUAAGAUGCUUAAAUUGAUUUUUGGUGGUUUAAUCCUAUAUAUUAAAUCACAUUUAUAUUUGUAA